UAUCUUCUGGUAAGUGUUAAUUAACGGAUGCUCCAUUUUCAGCACCUUCUCUCUCAUCUACUUUUUGACUUCUUUCCGCCGCCAUGACAGCACCCACCACCACCACCAGCAGCAGAUCAAAAUCCAAGUGCCUACUCUUCACUAUCAUUGCAUCUCUCCUGCUUUUGUCUCUUAUCGUAAUCAUCCUCUUCUUUAUCCUCCAUCAUAAAACUUCGCAUUCCUGCUCUCCAAAAUCAUCUUCAAGCACUCUAGUACCUUUAGCUAACAUUCAAUUAGCCUGUCAACCCACACAACAACCAGAAAUCUGUCAAGCCUCUCUUUCUAAGUCCAAUCUUCUCCCUCCCAAUCCAACUCCACUUCAAAUUAUCCAAUCUGCAUUAUGGGUCUCCUCCCAAAAUCUCUCAAUUGCACAAUCGAUGCUGAAGUCCCUCCUAAGCGCCGCGGCCGGUAAUCAAAACCUCACUUACGCUGCUAAAAAUUGUUUGGAGAUUCUGGGUUUUUCUCAGUACCGCAUUUCAUUGUCGAAUGACACUUUGCCACUUGGUAAGACCAAAAAUGUUCGUGCUUGGAUGAGUGCGGCUGUGGCAUACCAGUACUGUUGUUAUGGAGGACUCAGUUUCAAGGGGGCAACUCGCAGGAAGCCAAUGAAACGAAGGCGUUUCUUGAUGAUUUGAUUGGGCUCAGCAGCAAUGUUUUAAGCAU